AUGAUGCACCAUUCGCCCAGAAGGAGUCCCCGACUAAACGAGGGACAGAAUAUCGCAACGCAAGUAGAUGGCAGCGUUUUGGCCCCGCAACCUAGUGUAGGGGCGUCGCAAGUCGGCGGCCGAGGCAGUGAAGCCCCGGCGUCAUCAGCGCAGCUGGCAGCAUCUGGAGCCACCAGGAAACCGAAGGUGGCCGACCUCAUGGAUAGGAUUGCCGAGUUGGAGGAGGAGUUGGAACGCGCUCGCAGCGCUAAUAUGGAACGCACUGACCCCGUUAUGUCGAGUGAGGUUGGGAACUGUACCACGAGGAUUAAUCACGCAUCGCCAUUUUGCGCUACCGGCACUACUGUUCCAGCGCAUGGUUUCGGGCUACAGAAUGAAGUGGCCGGCGGAACAUCGGUACGUGCGCCUUCUCCUGGAGACGGUGCUUGGGCGACGAGCAUUGGAGGAACUGCACGCUGGGCGCCACGAAAGCUUCCUGAACUGCCUACGUUCGGAGGGAAGCCAGAGGACUGGCCCAUUUUCUACUGCGCGUUUACGGAGACGACGCAAGCGUAUGGUUGUACGGACUUGGAGAACAACCAAAGGCUACUGAAGGCGUUAAAGGACGACGCGCGUGAGACGGUGAAGUCGUUGUUGAUUCACCCCAGCAAUGCGAAUGCAGCGGUGGAGCAGCUGCGUUUCAGAUACGGCCGACCGGAGCAACUAAUACGCAGCCAGCUCAACAGCAUUCGAGAUGUGCCUGCAGUUACGGAGCACAACCUGGGAAAGCUCGUCGCAUUCGCCACACAUGUCAGCAACCUCAAGGCUUUCCUACAGUCAGCGAAAGCGGAGCAGCACCUGGGUAACCCUAUGCCGAUGGAAGAACUUGUGGCCAAGCUCCCAAUAAGCAAACGAGUGGACUGGGCAAGGCACGCUGCAACUAUUCAGCCCUAUCCGACGAUGGUGGACUUCAGUUCGUGGUUGACGAAACUAGCCUACGUGGUCUGCGUGGUGGCGGACAUUGAUGGAAAGGAGUCAAGGCGUCGAUUGCUUCAUGCCAGCGCCGACCGAGAGAAGGACGAGCAACAGGACAGCUGCCGCAGAAAUUGUCCAAUUUGUGAAGGCCUUGGACAACAUGCAGUUCGGGACUGCCAACGAUUUAUUGGAGCCACACCUACAGAGAGGUGGAGACUCGCAAGAAGACAUCGCUUAUGCUUCAUGUGCUUGCAAUGCGGGCAUAUGACUGGAUCCUGCGCUGCGUCAGGAGAGUGCCCCGUGAAUGGAUGCAGGAGGAAGCACCACCGUCUUUUUCAUGAGGCAAACAAUGAAGGCUUCAGGAGACCGCCACAGCGAGGCGGCAAUUGGAGAAGCUACAACCGGCAGACAGUCGGACCGAGGGAAGGCGUCCGAGUAAAUGAAGAAGCAGCCUCAUCCGUGGAUGCUUCUGCUACGCCGGAGAGAAAUUUGAGCUGUGUCGACGAGGACCGAGAACGACUUCUGAUCCGUGUAUUGCCGGUGACGCUAUACGGAGGUGGGAAAAGGGACGUUAGGAGCGUGAACAAGGACGCUCGGUUACCAAUGAAGCCCUACGAAAAUGCAGUGCCGAAGCUGCUUAUUGGAUUGGACCAUGGGCAUCUAGGACUGCCAUUGAAAACGAGACGGUUUGCCAGCGAGGGACCGUACGCGGCCGCAACCGAAUUAGGAUGGGUUGUUUUUGGGCCUGUAGAAGGACGACGAGACACGCCAUCACCGAGGUCUUGUCUGCUAACCACGUCGUUGGAUGAUAACGUGGAACGGAUCGUCGAGGACUACUUCGAGAUCGAGAACUUCGGUGUGAAGGCGGCGCCAGCGGCCGCAGCCAGCGACGACGUGAGGGCUUAG